UUAAUUUUUGCGAAUUCGUAUAACGUGGAGCAUUGUGGCCAGUACAAAACCAGUGUGUUACUGCGUGACCUUUCUCUACUGAGAGAAAAGCACAAAUGGAUGAAGCCAAAGAUCAUAUUGAUGAGCUGCUCCACGUAGCAACAUCCGUCAAAUACUUGCAUGCUCAAAGUCUAGUGUGACCGCGGCUUUACUGAGAGGAUGAUUACUCAUUUGUUUAUAGUUGUUACAAGGACAACCAAAAUUAGGAACGCCUCAUAACAACCUCACUGAAAGAGAUGGGCGAUACUCUGCAACAAAGUCGCACAGUAAGAAAUAUGAAUUUGACAUCCUCCUGACCAUUGUUUGUAGUACAAAGGUAAAUUGCAACAGAACAGUCAUUAACUAAAAAAAAAAGGAACAUGCUUAUGAAACUUCUUCCAGAAAUGUUAUAGGAUACUGACUUAUGAUGUUUAAUGAAGCCAGCAGUAAAUUUCCUCUUAUUUUCAGGUACAGAGGAGCGAUCCAAAAACAGAAACUGUGGGCAGCAGUCACCGUCUGUUGGGUUUCCGCUUCUUUUCUGGGUUUCAUUCCCCUGUUUGGAUGGCACAACAAAGACCCCACAACAAACGGCACCUCAAACUUCACUUGCAAGUUUGUUGCAGUCAUUCCACCGUCGUACCUGGUCAACUUCUUCUUUUUCGUUUGCGUCCUCCCACCCACUGUGGUCAUGUUCGUCCUCUAUUUGUAUAUCUUCUGUACGAUAUCUAAACAACUGAGAAGAGGAAUCGGUCAAGCUGCAGAGUCCACGUCCUUUCUCCAGAAAGAGCAGAGAUUGGCCAGCUCGCUGGCUUUGGUGUUGGCUCUGUUUGUUAUUUGCUGGUUCCCGAUUCACAUAAUGAACACGUUGAAUUAUUUUUACCCGAGUCUAAACAUGCCGCCUCUUGUCUUUCACAUAGGUAUUCUACUUUCUCACGGCAACUCUGCAGUUAACCCAAUAGUGUACGCUUUCAAGGUCCCAAAGAUUAAGACUGCAUAUAAAAACAUCUUGAUGAAGCUCAUAAGCUGGAAGCAAAACACUGAUCAAAACAGCCAGAACUUGGAUAAAACCGCUACCAGCUCCAACAGUAACUUCAGGUAUAAAGUGAAAAAUGCUCAAACACCGGAGGUGGUUUUGACCAUUAGUCAAGAUCUUUAGCAUGGGACGGUUAUGUAAUCUCUAGUAAUAUGCAUACUGUAAAUGUUGAUAUAAAUGAUAUACUGAUAUAUUACUAGAUUUU